AUGGCUGGUUUACUUGAACACAGGGAAGCUCUGACCCGCAUGAUUGAAGAAGCAGUUAAAGUGGCAGUAAGUACGGCAAUUGAACUUUUUGAUAAAAACCUUAGAUUGUAUGUUGAUGGUCGAUUAAAAUGUUUGGAUGACCGUAUGUGUCAAAUCGAAGAGUCUCACCACUCUGUCAGUAUAACACACGACCAGUUUUAUGAUCAAUUAACUGAUUUGCAAAAUAAACUAGAUGCAAAGACUAUAGAAUUUGAGAAACUGAGCUCUAAAAUCAACAGUUUAGAACAGUACACGAGGAAAGCCCAUAUUCGCAUUUUUGGAAUUGUCGAAUCAGACGGCGAGGAUUGUAUAGCUAUUGCCAAAAAGCUAUUCCGUGAGAAAUUAGGUAUUACCAGUGAAAUAAGUAUCGACGCCGCCCACAGAGUAGGAGUACCCAAAGGGAGAGGAUCGGGUACGAAUACUGAGAUACCCCGCCCAAGGGGCAUUAUUGUGAGAUUCAUACGCCGUGACGAAAGAUUUCGUGUUUUAUCAAACAGAAAAAAUCUUAAAGGUACUGGUGUAGUUAUUGUGGAAGAUAUGACUGUUGAAAAUGUGAAACUAUUGGACUCGGCUCGCAAUAGUCGUCGGGUAAAGUCAGCCUGGUUCACCAAUGGUAAAGUCUUUGUUGUUGGCCAAAAUGACUAUAAAUUCAGACUAGAAAGAAUCGGUGACCUUAAUUCUAAGCUUCCUCCGUUUCCGUGA